CUCUCCUCCCACAAUUGUCACCAUUUGGCGCAGCGUACUCCGUCUUCCUCGACCGUCGAGACCCUGUAAAUUAGCUGUACAUCUGCGUUUCGUACAUACACAUCUCAACAUGGCCUCCGCGUCUGUCCCGGCGGCUACCCUCGAGCUUGGCCAGACCGCCAAGCGAGACUACUUGAAGAAUCUAGAGGAGAAAUAUCAGGCACGAUGGGAGGAGGAAAAGAUCUUCGAGGUGGAAGCGCCAUCAGUUGAAGAGACUGCAGGACUCUCCCCUGCAGAAGUCCAACAGAAAUUCCCUAAAUGGUUCGGCAACUUUCCCUUUCCUUACAUGAACGGCUCUCUGCAUCUCGGACACGCAUUUACGAUAUCCAAGAUUGAGUUUGCUGCGGGCUACCAUCGAAUGCUGGGCAAGCGGGUCCUCUUCCCUCAUGGUUUCCACGUCACCGGGAUGCCCAUCAAGGCAUCCUCAGACAAAAUUAUCCGGGAAAUAGAAAUGUUUGGAGAGAACUUCGAGAAUUAUGAGGCGGUGGAAGCAGCGGCUGAGGCAGCAGCAGAGGCGGCUGCCGCAUCUGAGAGCGGUGCAGGGCAACCCAAGGCUGCAGACAAGGCGAAGAAGGGCAAAAUCUUGGCCAAGGCGACGGGGCUCAAAUACCAGUUCCAAAUCCUCGAGUCUAUCGGUGUCCCCUUGACUGAAGUCAAGAAAUUUGCAGAUCCCUACCAUUGGUUGGAGUACUUCCCUCCGAUUGCGAUUGCAGACAAUCGUUCUCUGGGCAGCCGUAUCGAUUGGCGCCGUAGCUUCAUGACCACGGACGCGAACCCGUACUACGACUCUUUCGUCCGCUGGCAGAUCAACAAGCUGUACAAGCUCAACAAGAUCAAGUUCGGCGAGCGCUACACGAUCUACAGUCCUAAGGAUGGCCAGCCUUGCAUGGAUCACGAUCGGCAAGAUGGCGAGGGAGUUGGGCCGCAAGAGUAUACUGGCAUCAAGAUGGAAGUCUUAGAGUGGAGCAAGGAAGCUCAAGAGAUCGCAGGCAAGGUCAGCGGACGUAAGGUCUACCUCGUUGCCGCAACUUUGAGACCGGAGACCAUGUACGGCCAGACCAACUGUUUUGUCGGUACUGCCAUCAAGUACGGCGUCUACGCGGCGAACGACAAGGAGGCCUACGUCUGCACAGCCCGCUCGGCACGCAACAUGGCCUUCCAGGGCAUCUUCGAAAUCCGUGGCCAGGCGAACAAGCUUGCAGAGAUCGACGGAUCCAAAAUCGUCGGCACGAAAAUAUCUGCACCGCUUUCUGUCUAUCCCGAGAUCUACGUUCUCCCGAUGGAUAACGUCCUUGAAACCAAGGGUACUGGUGUCGUGACAUCUGUCCCCUCCGACUCUCCAGAUGACUUUGCGACACUCACCGACCUCCGCAAAAAGGCCGAGUAUUACAAAAUUGACCCCAAAUGGGCUGCUUUUGACCCUGUCCCAGUGCUCUCAACGCCGACCUACGGAGACAUGACUGCCCCUGCGCUCAUCAAGAAAUUCAAGAUUGCAUCGCAGAAAGACACCAAGUCACUCGCGGAGGCGAAGGAGAUCGCGUACAAGGAAGGCUUCUACAGCGGCACAAUGCUCAUCGGUGACUUCAAGGGCGAGAGCGUGCAAGAUGCGAAGCCUAAGGUCCGCGCGGCGCUGAUCGAGAAGGGCGUGGCGAUUGCGUAUGCGGAGCCUGAGGGGCUCGUCAUCUCACGUAGCGCAGACGAGUGCGUGGUCGCGCUCAUGGACCAGUGGUACCUGGACUACGGAGAAUCAGAGUGGCGCGCGGAGACUGAGCGUGCGCUCGCCAAAAUGAAUACCUAUUUCUCGGAGACGCGCAAUGCGUUCGAGGGUACUUUGGCGUGGCUCAACCAGUGGGCGUGCGCCCGGACAUAUGGCUUGGGUUCCAAAUUACCUUGGGAUCAGCAGUUCUUGGUAGAGAGUUUGAGUGACUCGACAUUAUACAUGUCGUAUUACACCGUCGCUCACCUGCUCCACAAGUCUCUUGAUGGCAAGAUCCGCGGUCCGCUCGAUGUCGCCCCUGAACAGUUGACCGAUGAGGUAUGGGAGUACAUCUUGGUUGACGGGCCUUGGCCCUCCUCUUCUUCCCUACCGAAAGAAAAAGCAGACGCGAUGAAACACGAAUUCAACUACUUCUAUCCGUUCGACGUACGCUCGUCUGGCAAGGACUUGAUCAACAACCACUUGACGUUUGCUCUCUACAACCACGUCGCGAUAUUCCCCGAGGAUAAAUGGCCGCUCAGCAUGCGCACGAACGGGCAUUUGAUGCUGAAUGGGAAGAAGAUGUCAAAGAGCACGGGCAACUCGCUCACGCUGCGUCAGGGCGUGGAGAAAUUCGGUGCGGACGCGACGCGGUUAGCUCUUGCGGAUGCUGGUGAUGGCAUCGAGGACGCGAACUUCGACGAGAAGACCGCGAACGCGAAUAUCUUGCGAGUGCAUACCUUGUUGGGGUGGUGUGAGGAGAUGACGCAGGCAUCUGCGAACUUGCGUACAGGACCUCGUGGUUCGUAUCACGACGCCGUGUUCGAGCAGGAAAUCAACAACCUGAUCAACAUCACCCAGUCACAUUAUGAAUCCACCAACUACAAAGAUGCUUUGAAGUACGGGUUUUACGAGCUCCAAACCGCCCGUGACUGGUACCGCGAAGUUACUUCCGACAUCGGCAUGCACGCCGACCUCGUUCGGUAUUGGAUCCGUAUCUCUGCUCUGCUCAUCACCCCCAUUGCUCCUCAUUUUGCCGAGCACAUCUGGACAUCCAUCCUUGGAGAGCCAAAGUCGAUCCAGCAUGCACUUUGGCCGACACCGACCUCACCGGUGGACAAGCCGAUUCUUGACGCCGGCGCCUACAUGCGCGAGACCGUCAAGACGAUCCGUGAUGCCGAGGUCGCGCUGCUGAAGAAGAUCAGCAAGGCCAAGGGCGGACCCGCGCUGUUCGACCCGAAGCAGCCUCGCGCCGUGCGCGUAUACGUCUCGACCAAGUUCCCCGAGUGGCAGAACGUGUGUCUGCAGGCGGUCAAGGAGGCAUGGGACGCCGAGAGGGAAAAGGUGGACGAUGUGCGCGUGCGAGAGAUCCUGACCGCGCAGGGCCUGAUCAAGGAGAAGCGCGCAAUGCCCUUCGUGCAGUUGCUCAAAAAACGUAUCGCUGAGUUCGGAGCGACAACGGCGUUCAACCGGACGCUGCCGUUCUCGGAAAACCAAGUCCUGGGCGAGAUCUUGCCCUACCUGAAACGCACGCUCAACCUCACCGUGGCUGAGGUUCUGUCUGCCGAGGAAGCAUUAGAGAAGGGCUACUCGAAGUCGAUCAUCGAGAGCUCGGAGCCAGGAGGCCCCGCUUUUGAGUUUAGGAACGUUACGUCGGCUGGGGAAGAGCUUCCGCCUAAUCACGCCGCACCGGAGAAGAAGGGUUCGACGAAGAAAUAGAGACUCUUGCUCUUACAUGUGGGGGAACUGCGUAAUAAUCGAGGACGAUGUACUUUCUGACACGGCGAUGCGAGGAAGGAAAGUUGUGACCUCCGAUUGUGCGAUAAGUGUGUUCCGCAAGAGCAGCCCAACUAAAACAUAAAUGAUCGGACUACGCGUUG